AUGAAUCUUAAACUUCUGUCUCUCGCUGCCCUUGUCGGCUUGUCCAUGGCCAGCCCCGUGGAUCUUGACGUGCGCCAGCUUGGGGGAAGCAGUGGUGACGACCUUCGCAAAGGCGAAUGCCAGCCCGUCACCUUUAUCUUCGCCCGUGCCUCCACCGAGCCGGGCCUUCUAGGCAUAUCGACAGGUCCCGCAGUCUGCAACAACCUCAAGAAAUCUGGGAAAGUAGCAUGUCAAGGUGUUGGACCCAAAUACACUGCUGGGCUGGCUGAGAAUGCCUUGCCCCAGGGAACUUCAAGUGCGGCCAUCAAGGAAGCCCAAAGUCUGUUCGAGAUGGCUGCUUCCAAUUGCCCUGAUACCCAGAUCGUGGCUGGUGGAUACAGUCAAGGAACAGCCGUCAUGCACGGCGCGAUCCCUGACCUCUCGGACGAGAUCAAAGACAAGAUCAAGGGCGUGGUGCUCUUCGGCGACACCCGCAAGAAGCAGGAUGGCGGGCAGAUCAAAGACUUCCCCGAGGAUAAGAUCAAGAUCUACUGUGCUGCUGGAGAUCUCGUUUGCGAUGGCACGUUGAUCAUUACCGCCGCGCACUUUACCUAUACCAUAAACACUGGUGAUGCUGCGAGAUGGCUCGAGGGCAAGCUCGGUAACUAA